AUGAUUUAUGCAAAAUGCAGGUCAAAUUCCAAAAUCAAUUGUGUACAUUUUCUUCACGAUAACAAAAUAAUUAACGUCACAAAAAUGACUCAAUUAGAUAAACGCUACAAUGAAUUUAAAGAAUUACUCCUUGAAAAACGCGAAAAGCUGCUCAUAAUUAAAAUCAACAAUCCUCGCAAAAAGAACUCACUAACUAUAAAAGCCUACAUUGAGUUUGCCAAAGUACUUCAGUUGGCAGGUGAAGACGAAUCCGUCGCAGUUGUUGCUGUAACAGGUACUGGAGAUGUUUAUACAUCAGGAAAUGACCUAUCGUUGUCAAUGUCGGGCAUAACGGAUUUCGAUGAAUUCUUGCUUGACACUGAUGUAAUUUUAAAGAAUUUGAUUCGUUCGUUUUACGAAUUCCCAAAGAUACUUGUGGCUGUUGUGAAUGGGCCGUGUAUCGGGAUCGGAAUGACCACCGCAGCUCUCUGUGACAUUAUUUACUGCACUGACAAUGCAUACUUUUUAACGCCGUUUACUAAACUUGGACUUUGUCCGGAAGGCUGUUCGUCGCAUACAUUUCCCAGACUCCUUGGCAAGGCUAAGUCCAUCGAAGUUCUGCUGCUCAACCAGAAGUUGACAGCCACAGAAGCCUUACGACUCAAUUUCGUCGCUGACGUAGUGAAGCCCCAAGAACUCGACACUAAAAUAUGGCCAAAGAUAAUGGAUAUAACGAGACUUCCCUUAGGAUCGUUGAUGGCUGGGAAGGCUCUGCUCAUGAAGGCCCAUAACAAGGAUUUGGAAAGUGCCCUCAUCGAAGAAUGUGCUGAGUUGCAAAAGAGAUUCCGUUCCGAUGAGUUCUUCAAUGCACUCGCAGCGUUCGGCCAAAGAAAGUCGUCAAAGCUUUAAAUGAAAAACCUAAUAGCAUUUUAGCCAGAGCACCAAGAAGUGCCUUUUAGUUUUAAGCAAAUAAAAGACCAACACAAAUGUUUUACUCAUCAAUCAAA